AUGUCAUUCCGGACCCUGAUGGCUCUAGCAGCUGAAUACGACCUUGAGCUUGACCAGAUGGACGCGAUCAACGCAUUUGUAAACUGCCCUCUUGAGGAAGAAGAAGUUGUCUUUAUGAAGAUGCCACCUGGCUUUGAGAGGAGGGUAAAGUUCUACGGCUACGAAAAGCCCUCUAUGGACUUCGCCGAACCAUGCGUCAUGAUGAAAGGAGCCGUCAUUGUCUUCUUCUAUGUCGACGACAUCAUCUGGGCCUAUCGAAAAAGGGAUCAGCAAGUCGCUACGGAAGCUAAAUCCGGCCUGCAGCAACGAUACAAGAUGAGCAUACUAGGGAACCUAAAUGCCUAUAUCGACAAGAUUGCGCAUAAGUAUGUUCCUGACAAACUAGGCAUAAAGCUUCCUAGCACCCUGAUGGCCACCAACGAAGAGCUCCUUUCAGAACCGAUCCAAGCAAGAGACCAAGACAAGCAUAGCUACCUUCAGAAGCAGAAGCUAGCGGAAUUCCUUCGGCUGAUUGGGCUUGAAGAGAUUGGUGAAAGGUUGAGACUGGAGGCUAGGCUGGAGGCGCUGAAGGACAAGAUCAAGGACUGUAGGGAACACCGAAUGAGGCCGUCUCACGACCUACACGAACACUAG